AUGAAGGCCGUAAAUCAGUGUUUUGUGGCGGAUGGCGACAGCGGGUUCAUUGAGUCGUUUGGUCUCGCUAGUAAAGUGGUAGUGGUUGCUACAAAACCGGUCGUUUUCACUCACACGCAGUGCUCUCAAGCAUCCCUCACUCUAGCCCAGGCCCUGAAUCAACCAACUGCCGUGACCAGGUCAACUUUGAGCCACGAAGAUUCGAUCAUGGUUCAUGGAGGUGUGUGUACUCUAUCACUCACCGCAGAAACUUUCCACCGAGCAGGCAUUGAGGCUAAACUGCAGAGUGGUACACAAAAGUACGUCGCUCAGAUCAAGCUUGACGGUGGAGCGGCCCAUAAGCGACUGUUAUGGGCUGCCGAAAACACGUUGACAUCCACAUUUGAUUUCGACGUCCCGGGGGCUCAAACUACAGCUGCAACCAAGUCUGAUCCCAUCUUAACUCCUGCUUUUGACUGUCCAACAGACAAAGAAGGAGAGCAGGAUUGGGCAAACACCAUCCAAGAGUGGGUGGGCCUCGUCGGUAUAGGCUCAAUGCUUAUUGGCGAAAACCACGGGGUUGAAACGGCAAUCAGCGACUUUCACAUAGAAGGUACGGCCGAGAUUUUGCACAUCACCGAGAUUAGUGGCCUCCUGUUGCCUGAUGAAAUUGCCAAACUAUGGGAAAAGGCCGACCUCUUGCUGGUUUCAAGCAGCGGUGAUUGGCCGUUGGCAUGGCAAAAGCUCCACGCUCCUAGCGACAAUCUAACUAAUCCUUGUUACGUGUUGGUAAGAGGAGACCAGAGCAUAAAAUCCUUAAAGUUCGUGCCCUGGCAAGAUCUGUAG